GUUUAUGAAUACCAAAAACCACACCAUUUUCGAGCUAAAUAUGUCCGACGAUUAUGUCAUAAGAUCGCCGAAACGUGACUAUGAGAUACCGGACACGUCUGUCGGCGCUUUUGUGGCCAAAGUGUUGGCACAACUCGACUCCCAAACCAAAUGUAUUGUCAAUGCCAUCGAUGGCUCACAAUUGACGGUCAAAGGGUUGACAACGAAAUGCCAGUCCAUAGCCUGGGCUUUGAUUAAGCGAGGGAUCACUAAAUCGGAUACUAUAUUGACGUUCGCCGAGAAUAGCACCGAAUUAGCGGUCGUAAUGUUUGCCGCAAUGUUUUUAGGCGUAACCCUAUACCCGAUUACACCCAUCGCUAAUGUCUACGAAUUGGAUCAGUUGAUGGACACAUUGGGACCGCUUUUCGUAUUCACAUCCACUGCCAAAUCGGCGGUCAUCGAGAAUAUCAUAAGCAAACGCAUGAACGAGAGGCAAAUGGUUAGGUUUGUGUCCGUUUUGGACAAUAACCACAAUAUAUACGUGCCGUACGAGCGGCUACUGGACGAGGGCUCGGAUCACACGCUAGACGCCAUUCCCUACUUCGCCGUUAAGCCCAAGAAAGACAUCGCUAUUUUGAUGCAGAGCUCCGGCACGUCGGGUGUUCCCAAGUCGGUGAUGAUCUCGCAUAAA